AUGCGGAGCAGCACGCCGCACGAGGGGGAUCGCAACGCGCCUCCCCGGGGCCGAAGCAGCUCCAUCUCCUCUAGAAUGCGCGCCAGCUCCUCGGCCCUGCCGCGACCCCAGAGCAGUCUGCGCGAGUCUCGAAUCUCAUCCUUUCGCGCCACGCAGCCGACGUACAACCUCAUCACCGGCGCAGAUGCCGCCGACACGCGGCCCUCGUCGCGCCAGAGCUACGUCGCAGACUCCCUGCGCCCGGGCUCGCGCGAGAGCUCAAAGGAGAACAUGGCGCCCCUCGACGCUGACGAGUACGAAAAGUACAGAAAGGAGAUUGAGACGCUCAAGGCCGAGAUUGGCACCCUGCAGUACCGCAUGCAGACGGCCGAGCAGGAAAAGGAAAUCGCCCUCUCCCAGCAGAGCAACAAGCUGGAGCAGGCCCGGCGCCGCGAGCAAGACGAGGCACAGCAGAGACAGGCUGCCGAGGCUGAAAGGGCCAAGGCGGCGGACCUCAUCGAGUCCGUCAAGAAGGAAAUGGACGCGCUGAAAGAGACCGCCGAGACGGAUCAGAGAGCGCUCGAGCACAGGGCCCGCGAAGCCCGCGACGAGGCGACCCUCUUGCAGGAGCAGCUCGACGACUUGUCCGCCGCCAAGGACGAAGCUGCCCGCAUGGCGGAAAAGAAGAUGAAGGACAUGCAGAUGCAGCUCGCCGCCUGCCAAAACUCAAUCCACGAACUGGGACAGGAGAGUCAAGAGGCGGACAAGGCGCUCCAGCAGACCCUGGCCCAGGCCCAAAGCGGCGACGCCGAAACCAUGGACAUAAUCAGGCGCGAGCUGUCCGAACAGGUUCAGCACAUUCGCGCCCUCGAGGCUACCAAUCGCGAUCAACUAUCAGAACUCAAACAGCUCAGAGCCAUCAACAAGGCCGUCCAGGUCGUCGAGGAGGAAAAGAGGUCGCUCCAGCGACGGUUGGAGGCGGCCGAGGCCCUCGAGGCAGAGCUCGCCGAGGCGCGUCUGCAGCGGCAACGAUUGCAGGACGAGCGCCUGGCCUGGACCUCAUACCUCAGCCACGCGUCGGAGACAGGAAGCGACGAGUUUGACUCUCCCGAGGCCAUGGCCCGGGCGCUGGUCCAGGAGCGGCUGACGACGGCCUCGUACGUGGAGCAACUCGGCGCUCUGCAAGCAGACAUGUCUGCGCAGGAAAGCGCGAUCCAGACCUUGAAGGGCGACAAGUCACAGCUCCAGAAACAGCUCGAGGGUGCCAAGGCCUCUGCCGGCGCCGCAUCGACAGACAAGGCGCGGGCGCGGCUGGACCGUCAGCGCGCCCUGGCCCUCAAGGAGGUCGAGUAUCUGCGUGCACAGCUCAAAGCAGUCGAUGAGGAGGACCACACGAUGCAGCCGAACGACUACGACGAGACACGAGCCACCAGGAUCCAGGAGCUCGAGAUGCUCAUUGAUGGUUACAAGGCCGAGGUGCAGAGCCUCCACGCCGAAUUAUCGGCCGCGGAGCCGUCCGCAGGCGCACAAGUCCCACCGGUGGCCGGGACGAAGCGCCCACAUUCCGCAGACGACGAAGGCGACGGCGGCGGCGGCUACCAGGAGCAGCUCGGACAGCUGACGCUGCUGGAAAAGGACCUGUCGGCGAGCCGGGAGCAGCUGUCGGCGGCCAAGCAGCAGAACCAAACGCGGGUGCUGUCGCUGCGGUCGAACCCGACGUCAGACUACGAGGCCAUCAAGCGCAGCACGCUCGAGGCGCUGCAGCGGGAGAACAAGGACCUGCUGGCGACGCUGCGGUCCAAGCACGCGGACGCGUCGGUGCCGGUGAUUCCGACGUCGGUGCUGGGCGCUAUGGAACGGGAGAUUGCGGCGGCCAAGGCGGAGACGGCGUCUGCGCAAAAGUCUGCGCGGCGGCUCAAGGAGGUGUGGGGGUCCAAGUCGCAGGAGUUCAAGGAGGCCAUCUUCUCGACGCUGGGGUGGACAGUGACGUUUAUCCCCAACGGCAAGAUGCGCGUGGAGAGCACCUUUUCCCCCUCGCAGACGGACGAACACGAAAACUCGAUUGUGUUUGACGGGGAAAGGGGCACGAUGAAGGUGGGCGGCGGGCCCAAGAGCGCGUUUGCGCAGCGCAUCGGCGACCAGAUUGGCUUCUGGGUGCGCGAGAAGGGCUGCAUCCCGGGGUUCCUGGCGGCGCUGACGCUCGAGUUUUACGAGGAGCACUCAAGGGCGUCGAGGGGGUGA